CUCUCUCUCUCUCUCUCUCGUUGCACCCUCCCACCCCUUGGUAUCUGCACCAUCCCCCACUCUCUCUCUGUUUCCAUCCCGCCUGCAAAAAAGAGAAAAAGCCCCCGAGAUCACUGGAGCCUGUCGAAGCCGCAGCAACAGCAGCAGCAGCAGCAGCGAGGCUGCCUUCAGACUCGAGCCACAAAGGAGCCGGACACAUUCGCCUCUGAAUCCAGAGAUCGAGACCCAGCUGAUUUGCAUAUCCAUUCCUCCUCCUCCCUCCUUCAUUUCCCUUUCCUUCCUUGAGAAUGGCAGGCGGACCCCCCACUGACAAAUACAGUUUUCUCUACCAGACAGACAGCAGCCACUUAAAGAGUAAGAGCAGGCUGUCUUCCACCAUGAAUCCGGUCUACAGUCCCGUUCAACCUGGGACUCCAUACGGGAACCCCAAAAACAUGACCUACACAGGUUACCCAGGAGGUUAUCCCACCGCUGCUCCAGCGUACACACCCAGCCUCUACCAGACGGGCAGUCCAGGGUACCCCCCAGUGGUGCUGGUGAAGCAGGGCUGGCCCCAGACGGUGUCUGCCACAGGGCCUGCUGAAGGCUCCUUUGACCUGGCCAUGGACGCGGGCUCAGAGAGCAGGCAGUUCCAGGCCUCGUCCACUGCAUUCAGAUACACUGCAGGUACUCCCUAUAAAGUGCCCCCGACUCAGUCUAAUGGAGCCCCACCUCCGUACUCCCCCUCUCCGAAUCCAUACCCCACGGCCAUGUACCCCAUCCGAAGUGCCUACCCUCAACAGAACCUCUACGCACAGGGAGCUUAUUACACACAGCCGGUGUACGCUGCCCAGCCGCAUGUAAUCCACCACACCACGGUGGUCCAGCCCAACAGCAUCCCCUCCGCUAUCUACCCCGCCCCCGUCCCGGCACCCCGCCCCAAUGGAGUGGCCAUGGGAAUGGUGGCAGGAACCACAAUGGCCAUGUCAGCAGGUACGCUGUUGACCACGCCCCAACACACUCCCAUUGGACCACACCCCGUUACCGUGCCAACGUAUCGUCCACAAGGAACACCUGGGUACAGCUAUGUGCCACCUCACUGGUAGAGCCCACCUGCCAAUCAUAUCUGGAGUCAAACAUCGUAUGCAACUACUCAAGUCUUACAUUGGCACUCUGUGAUCAACAGGGACCACGUCUGUUUGCAAGAACAAAAGAAAAACAAGGGUCACUUUAUGCAUUCUUAAGUGUUUUUGUAAAAGCUGCUUUUUUAUUUUUUAUUUAAAUAGAUUUUUCUUUUCUCUCGUGUUUUGUCUUAUCAUUUUGGGCCUACGUUGUUGCAUUAGGUCUUUUUUUUUUUCUUUCUUUCUUUCUUUAAUUCCACAUUUCUCGAUGAUUAACUCCUGCAGAAACUCCAGAAUGAUUUCGACCAAUCGCGACUUUGAAACGAUCCGGGUUUUUUUUUUGUUUGUUUGUUUUGGGUUUUUUUGCGUAAUAAUGCCGGUGUGUAGGAAUGUACGUGGCGCAAUAUCGUCAUCACCAUGCUCAUCACGACUCAAGUUAUGCUGCCAAAUUUUAUAACUUUUAGAUAUUAGCACAGGGUUGUUUCUUUUUUUUUUUUU